AUUUUGUAAUGUAUUUCAUAUAUAGUUUAAUAAAACAAACAUUCACUAAUAAAAAUAUAUUCACUAAUAAUUCAUCAUUUUUUUUUUUUUUCAAAAAAAACCUUGUUAGUAGUUGGUAGUAUAACUAUAAAAUAGCAAAAUACCAAAUUCCAAAAUCAUUACUUUAAAACUUAACCCUCGCUCUAUAGAAACCAGAAAAAUAAACAAGGCAGAAAACGGCGAUGGCGUUGAACAAUGGCUUACGUUCGUGUGCAUCCAUUUUAUCCAAAACUGUGAAGAGAGAGUUCCACUCAACAGGCGUUAAGAGAAUGGGAGGUCAUGGACAUGAUGAACCUUUUUACAUUCAUGCAAAACACAUGUACAACUUGGACAGGAUGUCAAACCAGAAACUGAAGAUGACUCUUGGUGUCUGGUCUGCAGUCGCCAUUGGUGUUAUAGUCCCAGUUUAUGCUGUCGUCUUCCAGCAAAAGAAAACUGCUUCGGGCUAGAUCAUUAUGUUAUUGCAUCUGCACCACAAUAAUGUUGCCCUUGGGAGAUUCCAUGUCUGAAGAUGAUGCACUUGAACUGAUUGAUAUAUUGUAUUAAGUAGCUUUCAGUUUUGACUUCGCUUUGCUCUGGUAGAACUGCUUUUCUUGUUCCUGUUUUGGGACAAUGUAGCAAUGCCUGGUUCUUUAAUAAUACUUUACUGAAACAUCAUGAUAAUUGAUUGAA